AUGACGUCAAAAGACAAGUACUCCGUCCUCCUACCAACCUACAACGAGCGCCGCAACCUCCCGAUAAUAACCUGGCUGCUCGCUAAAACCUUCACCGAACACAACCUCGACUGGGAGCUCAUAAUCGUCGACGACGGCUCCCCCGACGGCACCCAAGAAGUCGCGCGCCAGCUCCAACGCGCCUACAGCCCCUCACGCAUCCUCCUUAAGCCGCGCGCCGGCAAGCUCGGGCUCGGGACAGCCUACGUUCACGGCCUACAAUUUGCGAGCGGCAACUUCGUCAUCAUCAUGGAUGCGGAUUUCAGCCACCAUCCCAAGUUUAUCGUGGAGAUGAUACGGCUGCAGAAAUCCAAGAACUAUGAUAUUGUGACCGGGACGCGGUAUGCGGGCGACGGCGGAGUGUAUGGGUGGGAUCUGAAGAGGAAGCUUGUUAGCAGGGGAGCGAAUCUGUUUGCGGAUACGCUGCUCAGGCCGGGUGUUAGUGAUUUGACGGGGAGCUUCAGGCUGUAUAAGAAGGAGGUCCUUACGAAGGUUAUUGGGAGCACGGAGAGUAAGGGAUAUACGUUUCAGAUGGAGAUGAUGGUUAGGGCAAAGGCGAUGGGGUACAGUGUUGCGGAGGUGCCGAUUUCGUUCGUGGAUAGGGUGUAUGGAGAGAGUAAGUUGGGCGGGGAUGAGAUCGUGGAGUAUGCCAAGGGCGUGCUCAAUCUCUGGCUGAAGGUAUGA